GAACAAUCUAGAGAGAUUGACAAUGUACAGGACUUGAGCGAGAACUUUGUUGUAAAAAAAAUGCGCAACAACAGUAUUGCGCAAGAAUUGUGUGACAACGACAAUGAGGAGGGGGAAUCGAGUGACGACGAUGAGGAGGAGGAGGAAUCAAACGACGACGAUGAGGAGGAGGCGGAAUCAAACGACGAUGACGAGGAGGAGGAAUUGAGCGAGGAUGAGAAAUCAGACGAUACAAACUCUGAGGACAAUGAAGUUAAGGACGCAUCCGAAGUUGAUGUCGACAUGUUUAAGAAGAGUCUGUCUGGAAAACUUUUAGGAGAAGCGAAGCAGAUAGUGGCACAGGAGUUGAGAAGAGGAUUGUACAACAAAUCAAGCAAGAGCGAGAAACCUCCUUACAACUUGGGAAAGUGCGACAGAAACGUACGUGUGUACAACAAGAAAGCUAAAUACCAUGUGAACAUGAAGAAUGUCGAAGUAGUUUUCAAGGAAGAUUGUUGCAAGGCCAAAUGUUACACGAAGUUCACGGUAGAAGAUGUUUUCUACAAGCGAGAAAAAUUUUGGGCGAUGAAACAACCAGAGCAAGUCAACUUCCUUCUCGCAGAGAUGAGGGCUGCGUCGUAUUUCUCGGAUGAUGGAGAUUUAAAGGUGUUAAGAGUGACAUUCAACGACAUAAAGGUUGAUGAUGAUGUACUUUUCAUCGCAGCCUUGAAAGCCAACGUUCAAGAUGCAAAUGGCGUUGCUGUUCCGCUUGGGUUUGAAAUCUUUGUUGUUGGUGUUGCAACUGCUGCUGCUGUUGCUCUUGCUCUUGUUGGGUAUACUGCAGUUGUUGUUGCAUUUGUGGCUGCUGUCCCUGAGUCGUUAACAACUGCAUAUGCAGCUGGCACUGGUUUUCCACCUGAGCUUACUGUGGAUCUUGUUGCUGUAUCGAGAUGUCGAAUUGUUCCCGUCCCUGGUGCAGUUGUUGUUGCAUCUGGAGCUGCAUUUGACGUUUUUCUUCCUGGAGUUGUGUUUGCAAAUGCAUCCGGUGUUGCUGUUUCGCUUGGGCUUGCAGCACUUGCUGUUGGUGUUGCAGCAACUGCUGCUGUUGCUCUUGCUCUUGUUGGGCACACUGCAGUUGUUGUUGCAUUUGUGACUAUUGUUUCUGAGCCGUCAGCAACAGCAUCAGUGGCUGGCACUGGGUUUCCACCCGAGCUUGCUGUGGAUCUUGAUGGUGCAGUUGUUGUUCCAUCUGCAGMUGCGUUUGGCUUUGUUCUUGCUCCKUUUGAGUAUGUUGCAGUUCCUGAUGUUGUGUUUGCAAAUGCAACCGGCGUACUAGCUGUUCCGCUUGGGCUUGCAGCACUUGUUGUUGGUGUUGCAGCAAYURUUUCUGUUGUUGUUGUUGUUGUUGGGCAUACUGCAGUUGCUGUUGCAUUUGUGACUGYUGCCCCUGGAGAAUGGACAGUUGCUGGUGUUGUUGGUUCCGGUUCCGAUCGUAAGCCCGUUCCUGCCCCUGUUUCAGUCCCCGAUGUUGAGGCUCCCCGGUCAGCAGGGCAGGUGGGGGCAGCCGCUCUUGGCGGACGGUAGGAUAGAGGGGYGUUUUCAGGGCUAGGAAUUUCUUUUCCCCGGUCACUUCCGAGACCAC